AUGUCUGAUAAUAUUCCUCUUCCGUCAGUCGAGGUGGUUGAUCAGAAAUGGAAGAAAGCUGACGUUAUUAAUUUUUUACAAGAAAAUCAAGACAAGUUGGACCUUGAAGACGACGAUAUCGAUAUUAUCAAAAAAAAUAGAGUCUCCGGCCCAGCCUUCCUUGAGUUAACACUAGAAAAGCUUCUAGCUUCUCCUUAUAAACUUCCCGGUGGACCAGCAGAAGUUAUAGCAAAUUUAGUCAAUAAAAUCAAGGGCGAAGAGCAAGCUACGACUGCAUCAAAUCAGGAGGUGCAAGAAUUGAAAGAAAAGCUAGCAAUAUUACAGGCGUCUAAGGUUAAAGAGGAAG